AUUAUUCCUAAGUAUUAACAUUAUUAUCAUAGAGCAGAAAUAACUUUAUGCUGGUUUAUUUAUUAUGUAAUUUUAAAUUAAUUACUCACAUUUGUUACUCACAUGGAUACUAAUAAUAAUUAAUAAAAUUAGAAAAAAAAUCAACCAAACUAUUUUUUGUUUCCAACCCUAUUCAAUGCAAUAACCAUUAGUAACUAUGGCUACAAAAUUAUGAUAUGAAGUUGAUUUAAUCUAUUAAUUUUUUAAAAAAAGAAUUAUAACUAUCAUUAAUAAACAGUCUUUAAUGUGUACUUUAAUAAUAUGAAAUCACCUAUCUUAUGGUUGUUUUAAUCAGCUAAUAAAGGAAACAAUGUCAUUUAUUUGUAAAAAAUCAUCCUACUUAUUAUUCAAUCUAUUUUUCUAUAAUUUUAUUCAUAUUUAUAAUGUUGUUAAUUUUUCCGCUUCGGCUGUGCAUCAAACGAAUACCACAAUGUAUCUUACAUCUGGAUAUGAUUCUUCUCAUUCACUUCACCUUCCACCAUCACCUAUUUCUUCUUCUUCUUCUUCUUUGUCGUCGUCAUCUUCGUCAUCUACAGAACAAGAUCAAUUAAAUUUAUUCCAUCUAAUUGAAGAAUCUCCAAAUGGUACAGAGAUUAUUGGUGUAUCUAAAUAUUUACAUCAAUAUAUUUCAGUUAGUUUACAACAGUUUCUUACAAUGAAUAAUAUAAAAAUAGAUGUCAAUAAUAAUAAUAAUAAUUUCUUCAAUAAUGAUAAGUUCCAAUUUAAUUUUCAAUUACUCGAUAUACAUGAUCCUUUAACAAAUGCAUUACAUUUAGAUCCAAUGAAUGGUAAAUUAACAAUUCAAAAACGUAUUGAUCGUGAAUCUAUAUGUAGCAGUGGUAGUGUAAACGGCAAUGGUAUCAACAAUAACAUUAUGAUUGGUAGUACUAGUAGUAGUAGUUAUAGUAGCAGUUCACAAUUUCCAUUGAAUAAUCGUCCAUCAAUGUUCUUACAAAAUAAUAAUAAUAAUCCUAUGAAUAGGAUAUCAAAUAAUUUAAAUAAAAAAUGUAUUAAAACAUUGAAUAUUUUAUCAACAAUACAAAUAAUAGAAUUAAAUGAAGUCAAUAUUAAAAAAAUACCUAUCAAUUUAUUGAUUAUCGAUAUAAAUGAUAAUAAACCAAUAUGGUUAUCAAUUAAUAAUGGAAUCAAUUAUAAUAAUAAUAAUAAUCAUCAUCAUUAUAAUUAUACUACUACUACUACUACAACUACUAAUGGUAAUAAUAAUCAUAAUGAUAUACCAAAUAUCAUUGUACAAAUAUCAGAGACACCAAAUAAUAUACAAAUAAUGCAUGGAAUAGAUGAUCAUUCAACAAGUAUAAAACAAAGAUAUCAACAAUCACGAAUCAAUUUACCACGUGCUUAUGAUCCUGAUGAAGGAAUUAACAGUCAAUUAACAUAUCAUCUUCAAUCAAUUAAAAAAUCAUUAGAUUAUACACAUAAUUAUGAUAUUAAUCAAUCCAUUAAUCAUAAUAAUGAUGAUAUUCCAUUUAUAAUAGAAGAUAUACCUAAUAGACCAUUAGAAUUAAUUCCAACUAUAAAUUUAGAUUAUGAAUUAAAACAAAAUUAUGAAUUUUAUUUAUUAGCUAUAGAUUCUGGUUUACCUAAACGAACUGGUACAGCAUUAAUUAAAAUCAAUAUUAUUGAUAUUAAUGAUCAUUCACCAAUAUUUAAUCAAUCAAUAUAUUAUCCAUUCAAUCAAUUUAUUAGUGAAAAAACAUUACCUGGUACAAUUAUCAUAAAUUUAACAGCAACAGAUCAAGAUGUAUCCUACAUAAAUAAUCAUAUACAUUAUACAAUGAUUCCUGGUACAUUAGCUAUGAAUUAUUUUAAUGUACAAUCAAAUGGUUUAAUUGUAUUAAAACGUUGGUUAGAUUAUGAAACUAUGGAAACAAGUACAAUAGAUAAUCAAAUUAUAUUAAAUUCAUUAUUGUUUAAUAAACCAACACAAACAACACCAUUAAAUAAUAAUAAUAAUAAUAAUAAUAAUAAUAAUAAUAAUAAUAUAGAUAUUAAUACAAAUCAAAAUUAUAAAAAACAAUUUAUAUUUCAAGUGAAAGCUGUCGAUUCUGCACCUCAACCAUAUGAACUUACUAGUACUGCUAUAGUUAUCAUUCCUGUAAUUGAUGAGAAUGAUGAAGCACCAAUUAUAACUGUGAAAUUUCUUGGUACAUCAGAAAUGACAAGUUAUGGUGAAACAGGAGUUGUCAAAGAAAAUGUUCAACCUCCUAUUCAAUUAGCCUAUGUACAAGUUCGUGAUCCAGAUUUCGAUGGAAAUGAUCAAGUUAAUUGUAUUUUAACAGACAAUGUGAACUUUUCAUUGAAACCAAUUAAUUCACUGGAUCAAUUUCAUCAAAUCAAUGAUAAUUAUCAUGAAAUCAAUAAUCAUUUAGAUUUACAAUCAUCAUCACAAUCAAUUUCAGCUACAAAAAAUGAUUAUAUUUUAAAUUUAAUUACUAAACCAGAUCGCGAAAAAAAUCCUUUAUAUUAUGUACGUAUAAAAUGUAUUGAUCAAGCGUCUAAUUUUAAUGAACAAACUAUUCGAUUACGUGUAUUAGAUAUGAAUGAUGAACAGCCAAGAUUUCAAAAAUCAAUAUAUCGAUUUGAUCUACCAGAGAAUAGUGAUAAACAAUUGAAACCAUUAGGAUAUUAUCGAUUAGAUAAAACAAGUAAUACUUAUUUAACAAAUCAAACAUCUACAAUAAAAGAAAUUGUAGAUGAACGGAAAGAAUAUAAAUCUGAAGGAAUAGAUGAUCGUUAUGAAUAUCGAAUAGGUCGUGUACUAGCAGAAGAUAAUGAUCAAGGUGAAAAUGCACGUGUUGAAUAUUAUUUAGAUGAGUACUUUUUAGAAAUACGAUCGUCAGUUAGUUCAGUUUUACCUUCAGCUUAUUUAUUGAUUAAUAAACAAACUACAGUAGAAGAUAAGAACUUAUUUAUUUAUCAUAAUGAAAAUGAUAAUAAUAAUGAUCAUGAUAAUAAUAAUAAUAUUGAACAUAGUCAUGAACUAGUCAGAGUUGAUCAAUUAUUCCGUAUUGAUUCACAUACUGGUAUACUAUAUGCAUUGAAAAAAUUUGAUGGUGAAAAUGUCGACAUGUUUCGUUUUAAUGUAUUCGCUUUAGAUCAACCAAAUCAAUUAACAUCAAUUCGACAUAGUGGAACAGCUAUAGUUGAAAUCAAAAUUACAGAUGUUAAUGAUUGGCCACCAUUAUUUAUAUUAACAAAUCAAUCUAAUAUUAAUCAUACAGAUACUACUACUAAUAAUAAUAAGGAUAAUAUAAGUAGUAUGAAAAAUAAACAACAAUAUUUUAAUAAUUUAUUUAAAAAUGAAAAUUUUAUUAUUGAUAAUCAUUAUCGAAAUGAAUUACAUUUUGUUAAUAAUUAUGUAUUUCAUAUAAAAGAGAAUAAACCAGCUUAUUGGUUAGUUGGACGAAUUAUGGCAAUUGAUUUAGAUAUUGAAAGUAAAGCAAUGACAUAUAAUAAUAAUAAUAAUAAUAAUAAUAAUAAUAAUAAUAAUAAUAAUAUAAACAAGAUAUCUCCUCCAUCUAAAACACCAUUCAUUUCAUCAUCUUUAUCAUAUAUUACAUUAAGAAUAUCAAAUGAUUCACCAUUAAUAAUACGUCGAACAUUUAAUUUACAUGCUACAAAUGGUUAUUUAAGAACAUCAAUGACAUUAGAUCGUGAAAAACAAAAUAUUUAUAUAUUUAAUGUCAUUGCUUAUGAUGGUAAUCCAUCAACUGUAACAUCACAAACAUCAACAGCUACAGUAACUGUAAUUGUAGAUGAUGAGAAUGACAAUGAUCCUGUUUUUAUUAGACCUGCUAUUUCUACUACAACAUUAUCAUCUAAAUCAAAAUCAACUUUAAACUCGAUCAAUAAUAAACUUACAAACAAUAUUCAUAAACCAUAUUCUAUCAAUUCACUAAUUAAUGAUAAAAAAGAAAAUGAAUUACAAGCAAAACAAGAUGAUCAUUUAAAAGUUAAUUGGCCCGCCUCCCAUAAUGAUCAUAAUAACAAUGACAAUAAUCCAUUGAAACAAAUGAAUCAAGGUGCCAAUAAUAACGAUGAUAAUAAUUUAAUACAACAAACUAUACAAUUCAAUCAUAAUGAUAAAUCAAAUAUACCAGUUGUAUUAGUUCAUAGAAGAGAAAAAACUAAUGAUUUCAUUAAUGGUGAAGGUGAAGCUUCCAGUUUAACCGAAUCUAGACCAUUGCUACAAAUUGAAGCCACUGAUGCUGAUAUUGAUGAAAAUGCUAAAAUUACUUAUGAAAUUGGAGCUGGAAAUACAGAUAGUUUGUUUGUUUUGAAUUCAGAUACUGGGGUUCUGUCUUUAUCGCCUAAUCUCUAUUCAAAAUCUGAUCAUUUUAUACAACCAUUAUCACAAAAUACAAAUCUGAAUCAAAAUCCUAUAAAUCCUAUCACAUAUGUUCUACGUUUCGAAGCUUGUGAUCACGGUUUACCGAAACGUUGUGCUUCACCUAUUUGGGUACAGUUAGUAAUUGAUCCAAAUGAAUUUCCACAUCUUGUUAGAUUACCACAUUUAACAAAUCCCCUAGAUUCAUCUUUAGUUACUAACCAUAAAAAAUCAAAUGAUCCAUCUUCUUCAGUAGAUCAACAAUUCAUUGGUUACAUGAAACAAUCUAAUACAGCAAUGUUACCUGGUCAUGUUAAUUCGAAUUCAAAUAUUAACAAUCAUGACAAUAAUAACAUUGAUUUAAAUAGAAAAACGAAUGGUAAUUUUCAUGGACAAGAAAAUUCUGUUAGUAAUAAUAAACGUUAUCCACCAAAAUUUACCCAAUUUAAAAAUAUUUGGGAUAUAAAAUCUUCACUGGAUCAUCAAACGUAUGAUAAAAAUGUUAGAAAUCAAUACUCUUCAAGUUAUCAACAGUUAUCUGAUUCAAAAUUCAGAAAACAUCCAGGUAUAAUGCAACAAUAUCCAAAUGGACAUGAUGAAAACUAUAUAACUAAUAAUAAUAAUAAUAAUCAUGGAAAUAAUCAAUCUAAUAGUUUUGUCAUCAGUGAAGUUGCAGUAGUUUGCUUAAUAAUCGCAUUUAUUAUUUUGUUGAUCGCUAUAAUGGUACUGAUUUAUUUGACUAGGCGGAAAACACUUUUAUUACCAGUACCUACUUCUAAAUCCUACUUGAAAGACGGUACCUUUAGAUCGAAUCCAAACAGUUGUAACUUAAAAAGUAAUCAAGACAAUAAUGAAACAAUAUGUGCACCAGUUGAACUGUCAAGAAACACUGCAUCAUUAUAUCGUGCAAUCCCAGAUAAUAUGAUCAGUGCAACAGACAUUACAAUAAAUUCUAAUGAAAUGUCAUGUAUUAAUGAUAGAUCUAUUGGCGCUACAGAGAAAUCGAUAACUUUAUCAACUGAUAUGCUUCAAAAUCCACAUGAUUCUUACCCUCUUAUUCAAAGAAAUUCUGAACCUCGACUUCUAUUUAAUACCACAUUGAGUAGACCAACACAUCAACCUGCUUUGGUUACAUCGGAAUUACAGAGCAAUGUAAAUAAAUGCACAUAUAACCCACAGUGUGUACAAUUCGAUGUCGAUAAUGAAUAUCAAUGUUUAGCUCCAACAGUUGAUAAUAGAAUAUCACAUAUUUCACGUUGUUUAACUCCAUUUUUUGACCAAAGGUCACGUCAAACUAUCCAGAAUGUUGAAGCCAUUGACGUAAACCAUAUAGGCACUAAUAAUCGUAAUUGGUUACCAAUGAGUCUACAUCAAUUGAAUUCUCCAGUGAGUAUGAGUCACCAGUCAAUCAUUUAUACAGAAUCAACAAUGAAUAAUGAAGGACGUGAACAAAUGCCAUCUAAAACGCCUACAUUAAUCUAUGCUAUGUCACCUAAUCUGAAUAGACAUCCAAUGCAUUUUCGAGGUAAUUCGCUACCAGUUUAUCCCAUAAAUCAAUUACAAAAUCCCACAAAUUUAAGAUCAUUUCAGCAUCGCUUCAAACCACAACAGCAGGAACAUCGAAACCAACAACAUCCGCUUUCUUCUUACCAGGAUAUUUCAUUACUACAAGCAACAUUAAGACGACACAAUCAUCAAUCAAUUGUCAUGAAUACUGACCCAAAUCCUAUGCUAACUUAUCAUCAUCAUGAUACAAAUCGGUUGAUUUGUUCAAGGGAUCAAAUUCAUUAUAAAACAUUUCAUGCCCCACAACAUCAUGAUGAUCUUCUUAUAUCUCCUAGAAUAAUAUAUACGGAUAAUUUAAAGAUAUGUUUACCAAACAAAACUAAACACCAUCAUCACCACCACCGUCAUCAUCAAUCACCUUUACCAUUAGAAGAUGAACAAGAAUGUCAACAAUUAUUAAUAAAAAAUCAAGAUGAUAUUAGUAAAGAUAAUGAUCAUAUUUGUGAUGAGAAUGUCAUAUCAAGCAAUCAUGAACCAUCAAAUAACACUGACAAUAAUAAUAUCAAUAAUGAUAGUAUUAAUACAACAAUAACCGUAGAUCAUUUAGAGGAAUUACCGAUUUAUGUUAAAUCUAAGAAUUCAACUAUACCUUUAAAUAAUAAUAUCAACAUGUCUAUUGAUAAUGAAACGGAUUAUAUUGAUAAUCUUAUCUGUAAUGAUCAAACUAAAAAUGGAAUAUUUCAUCAUUCAUUUCAAUAUUCACCAACUAUAACUAGUUCAUUACCAUUGAUCGUUGAUAUGAAUAAUAAUAAUCAUCCUCAUCAUCAUGAUCAUCUUCAUCAUGAUAAUCAAAUGACCGAUAAUUCAAUUCAUUCAAAGGAAAUGAUCAAAUCAGAACAUUAUGGAUUAUCAAAAUCGAAUGUAGGCAAAUAUACUUAUAAAACAAUUAGAGAAGCUAGUUUUGUUUAAAAUAAAACAAUAUUGAAUAAGAACAGUUUUAGAUUUUAUUUAAAAAAGGAUAAACACUUAAAUACGUUUGUAUAUUCUCCUUUUUUUUCUUUUGUUUCUUAUUCAAAUGUACAUUGUAAUGUGGUAUUAUCAUUUCAUAAUGGACUAUCUAUUCAAUAGGAAUCAAAGUAAAGUUUAAAGAAGUUUACUGUGUUAUUGAAUAGGUUCAAUAUUCAGUAAUGAUAACAAUAUUGAUGUUUAUUUAGAUGAUUAUUAUUUUUUAAUUUCGUAAAAUUAUCAUUGAAAUUGAAAUACUUUUGAAUGAAAAGAAUAAAAGAUUUAUAGUGACUCACGUGCAAUUGAGUUUAGUUCAGUCAAGGCCUUUUGUUGACCUAUUUAAUGGACAAAGUCAUCCAUGAUAUAACAACUUGUUGUACUAUCUUUAUUAUUACGCUUGUAUGAAAUACAUAUGCUUGAACAUUGUUUAGCGCCUACGCAUGUAUUCAUUCUGCUAGCUUCAUUAUUAACUGCUUAGUCUAUUUGCUGACUCAUCCAUUUUCCUAUACAUAUAUAUAUGUGUACAUUUUCACCCAUUCACUACAACCACUACUACUACUACUACAACUACUUGCUACUGCUACAAUCGUAGUUCGCUUGCUCAUUCAUUUUGCCUCUCUGCUGUCUGGUCCGAAUUAUCUACUAAAUAAACUGUAGUAGCUGCUUCUUUUUGCCUUCUGAUUUCAAACAUCGUUGAAGAUUAUACGAUAACGAUUCGAGGGUGAUUAAUUAUCGAAGCACAGCCACUACAGAAUUGGUAAUCCCGACGUGAGAACGGAAGCAAAUUUUGGUGAAAUAAUCAAAUCCCAAAAAUCCGAUUCUUUUCAUCUCAAUUUGGAUUAUCAAAUGAACUAUAAUUACAACUGUGGAUUUAUAUUAUUAUUCUAAUUACACUUACAUUAUUUCGCAAACAUUAUUAAACGUCACAAUUAUAAUCAUAAUAAAUAACAAUUAUCCAUAAACAAUUGAUAUAUUGGUGCAAUUUAGUAAGUCUGUUCCAUUUUAUAAAUUGUGCCAUUUUUUUAUUAUCAUUGUUUUUGCCCAUCUAUUCUUCCUUGUGACUGUUAAGUUAUUUUCGUGUGCUACCUAAUUUUUAUAAGCAUGUCUUAUGAAAACACAGCUUCAAGCGUACAGCAAGCCUCGUCCGUGAGGUCUCUUAACCUCCCUGCCCCUUCUUUUAAAAUCACAGACCCAAAACUUUGGUUUAUAAGACUUGAAAAUUAUUUUCUCGCUAACCGCAUUCUUUUGCAAAAGGAUAAGUUCGGCCUGACAAGCACACUACUCCCAGACGAAGUAGCUGACAGCGUUCGAGAGGCACUAGCAAAACCAGACACAGAAAAACCAUACGACGUGCUAAAAGAAGCAGUAAUUAAAACUCUCUCUCUCAGUGACCAACAAGCCGUCGAACAACUUCUUAACCAAGUACAAAUUGGAGAUAGAACCCCAUCACAACUAAAAAAUUAUAUGAAAAGUCUACUUGGCGAUAGACACAUUGACAAUAAUCUCUUUUAUCAACUGUGGCUCCGCCGACUCCCGGCAAAAAUACAGCAGAUCCUAGCUGUGGGAGAUACGGAUGCUGAUUUAGACAAUAUAGCAAAGAUAGCCGAUAGAAUAUACGAAAGAAGCAAGCAAGCGAGCCCUCCACUACACAACGUGACGGUAGACGAUAGACUUGAUACUCUACAGAAGGAAAUAAAUGUUUUAUGCCGCAAACUCACAGAAUUAACGCAGAGAGAAAAGCCACGAAGGUCAUCGCGAGAUCGCUCGCGUGAAAGGACCCGGUCAACUUCUAGACGACGCACAACUCCCGCGAUAUGUUGGUAUCAUCAAAUGUUCGGCUACAGGGCUAGAAAGUGCCUACAACCUUGUAGAUUUAACAGGGCUAGUAACCGAUACUCACGAGUAUCAAUGGCAACGGCAUCAACACACAUAAUGCCUGAAAAUAGUCGCCUCUUUUAUAUACAAGACCGAACCACUGGCGCACAAUUCUUAGUUGACACUGGAGCGGAAAUUAGCGUAGUACCUCCAUUUAACGAGGAAAGAAAAAACAUUAAUCCGUCAUUAGUGCUAAGAGCAGCAAACAAAUCAGAUAUUAAGACAUAUGGCAAACGGAAAUUGUCCCUAGAUUUUGGACGUGGUGCUUCAUACCGCUGGAACUUUGUCAUAGCAGACGUAUCGAUGCCCAUAAUAGGCAUAGAUUUCUUAUGUAACUUUGACCUGCUAGUAGACUCUAGACGACACAGACUUAUAAACGGCAGUCAAACCACUUCGAUAAGAGGAAUACUUACGGAAGCCGUUUCAAUGAACCUUGUGAUAGAUAAAAGUCGUGGUGAUCCAUAUAAAUUGUUGUUAAGGGAAUUCCCUGAACUCGUAAGAGUAACAUACAAUAAAGCGGAUCUCAAACAUUCUAUUCAGCAUCACAUCGUAACGAAUGGUCCACCAAUCAAUGCAAGACCAAGAAGGUUAGAUCCCAAAAGACUAGCCAUCGCAAAACAGGAAUUCGACAAGCUAAUGAGGCUAGGCAUUAUAAGGCCAUCGAGCAGCCCGUGGGCAUCCCCGCUACAUAUGGCCCCGAAAAAGAAUGGAGAGGUUAGGCCAUGUGGAGAUUACAGAGCACUGAACAAACAAACAGUAGCUGACAGAUACCCUAUACCGCACAUUCAUGAUUUCACCUACAGUAUAGAGGGCACUACUAUCUUCUCGAAGAUCGACUUAGUCAGAGCAUACUACCACAUCCCUGUUGCCCCACAAGACAUACCGAAGACAGCAGUAACAACCCCAUUUGGGCUAUAUGAAUUCCUGCGUAUGCCUUUUGGACUGACUAACGCGGCACAAACCUUUCAACGGUUUAUCGACCAGGUCAUUAGAGGUUUACCUGGGGUAUACGCGUAUAUUGACGAUUUAUUAGUAGCUAGCACCACUAAAGAUGAGCAUAUACAACAACUACGGCAAUUAUUUAUACGACUCAGAGAACAUGGUAUUUCUAUAAAUAUUGAGAAAUGUGAAUUCGGAAAAGAAUCUUUACAGUUCCUAGGUCACAAUAUAACUUCUCAAGGCAUCACACCAAUAGCAACAGAAGUCGACGCCAUCAAAAAUUAUCCCCUACCCGACUCAUGGAAAAAGUUACGCCGAUUUCUCGGGUUAAUAAAUUAUUACAGACGAUUUAUCCCGAAUUGCGCGUCAAUAUUGCAACCACUAACAGAUGCAUUACGCGGAAACGCACGGACAUUCCAAUUAUCACCAGACGCAAUUCAAGCAUUCGAGAACGCUAAAAAAGCACUAAAUAAAGAAGUGACACUAACUAGACGAAAGAGCGAAACACCGUUAGCUAUCAUGACGGAUGCAUCAGACGUAGCGGUAGGAGCCGUUUUACAACAAUUAGUAAAUGGCAUAUGGGAACCGCUCUCAUUUUUUUCGAAAAGACUGAAUCCGACACAAACAAGAUAUAGUACUUUCGGAAGAGAACUCCUAGCGAUUUACUUGGCAAUAAAACAUUUCCGACAUAUGAUUGAGGGUACCAUUUUCACAAUAUAUACAGACCAUAAACCCCUCACGAAAGCAUUGAACGCCAAACAGGACAACUACUCGCCGAGGGAAAUCCGACAAUUAGAAUUUAUUUCCCAAUUCACGUCCAACAUACAGUAUAUCAAAGGUAAUAGUAACGAAGUAGCAGACGCAUUAUCCAGAACGAUGGUCAGUGCUCUCAUCCAGUCUGAAAUCGAUUAUCACAAGUUAGCAGCAUUACAAAAUAUCGACGUCGAGUUAAACAGACUAAAGUCUGCCAACACAACCUCGUUAGUUCUCAAAGAAACUCCAUUGGAAGAAGUAAGCAUCACCUGCGAUAUUUCUACAGGUCAACCAAGACCAUUUAUUCCAAAGCCGCUAAGGCGAAACAUUUUCGAAGCCAUGCACAAUAUUUCGCAUCCCGGAAUAAAGGCCACCAUCAAACUAAUCAGCGAACGUUUUGUAUGGCCAAGUAUGAAUCGGGAUAUUCGUAAUUGGACGCAAGCGUGUAUAAAAUGCCAGAGAGUUAAGAUACAUCGCCACACCAGUUCCGCAGUAGGUCAUUUCCGUCAUCCCGAUAACAGAUUCGAGCACGUACAUAUCGAUAUUAUAGGACCACUGCCGGUUUCGAAUGGUUUCAGUUACAUUUUCACUUGCAUUGAUAGAUUCACACGAUGGCCUGUAGCUGUGCCCAUAAAAGAUAUUACAGCCGAAACUAUCGCAAAAACCCUAGUAGAGCAUUGGAUUUCCCAUUAUGGUGUACCUACUAAUAUCACAACCGAUAGAGGAGCUCAAUUCGAGAGCCGCCUCUUUCAACAACUCACAGAACUACUCGGAAUCAAACGAAUUCGCACAACAUCCUACCAUCCGAUGUCGAAUGGUAUGGUAGAGAGAUUGCAUCGGCAACUUAAAGCUUCUCUUACAGCUGUCAUCAGCAAUAACGAUUGGGCCAGCAAGCUACCGUUAGUCAUGUUGAGCUUAAGAUCAACAAUCAAACAAGAUAUAGAAUGCUGCCCAGCAGAAUUGGUUUAUGGAACCACACUACGUCUGCCAGGAGAGUUUUUCACCGCAAGUAAAAGCGUCCCAACUGAUAUAACGGACUAUGUACAGCGUCUUAAGCAGCAUAUGAGUAGUCUAAGGAUAACGCUUCCGAGACAACAUCAACGCCGUGUGUACAUACCCAAACAACUAAGUGACAGUACACAUGUGUUUAUAAGAAGGGAUAAUGUGCAACGUCCCUUACAACCGGCCUACGAUGGUCCAUUUAAGGUGAUUAAGAGAGACGACAAAACUAUCACGGUAGAAAAAGCUGGAAAAACGGAUGUAAUUAGCAUCGACCGAGUCAAACCAGCUUUCAUCGAAGCCUACGAUCAGCCAGUACAUACAGAUACUGCGAAAACCGUUGAAUCAUCGAAACGUCAG